CCCGGAGCCGCGGCACCGCCUGGCCAGGCCUGGAUCAGGCUUUGUCCGUCCGGGAGCCCCUUGACCGCGCGUGGCCACCCCAGGCUGGGAUUUCCGGCGGGGUCCGCGGAGCUGCGCGAAGGGAGGAGGCCCCAGGCCCAGGAGCCACAGCCGACUCAGCUACAAGUAAGCAGUUUCACCCCUGGACCAUGACAAGGAAGAAGAAGUCAGAGGACACGGCCAAGCACACAGUGCUGCAGGAGCUGAAGAUGAGGAGCUCAGUGGCAUCCUAUGAGCAGCUGGUGCGGCAGGUGGAGGCCCUGAAGGCCGAGAACAGUCACCUGAGGCAGGAGCUUCGGGACAACUCCAGCCACCUGUCCAAGCUGGAGACGGAGACCUCAGGCAUGAAGGAGGUCCUGAAACACCUAGAGGGCAAGCUGGAGCAGGAGGCCCGGGUGCUGGUGUCCUCCGGGCAGACCGAGGUGCUGCAGCAGCUGAAAGCUCUCCAAAUGGACAUCGCCAGCUUGUACAACCUCAAGUUCCAGCCACCCGCCUUGGGCCCAGAGCCCACUCCCCGGACCCCAGAGGGAAGCCCAGUCCACGGCUCCGGGCCAUCCAAGGACAGCUUCGGGGAGCUGAGCCGGGCCACCAUCCGGUUGCUGGAGGAACUGGACCGGGAACGGUGCUUCCUGUUAAGCGAGAUCGAGAAGGAGGAGAAGGAGAAGCUCUGGUAUUACUCACAGCUUCAGGGCCUGUCCAAGCGCCUGGACGAGCUACCGCACGUGGAGACGCAGUUCUCGAUGCAGAUGGACCUGAUCCGGCAGCAGCUGGAGUUCGAGGCACAGCACAUCCGCUCGCUGAUGGAGGAGCGCUUCGGCACCUCCGACGAGAUGGUGCAGCGCGCCCAGAUCCGUGCUUCGCGCCUGGAGCAGAUUGAUAAAGAGUUGCUGGAAGCACAGGACCGGGUGCAGCAGACAGAGCCCCAGGCGCUGCUGGCAGUGAAGUCAGUGCCGGUGGAGGAGGACCCGGACAGCGAGGUCCCCACGCAUCCUGAGGACGGCAACCCUCAGCCGGGCAACAGCAAGGUGGAGGUGGUCUUCUGGCUGCUGUCCAUGCUGGCUACCCGUGACCAGGAGGACACAGCUCGAACGUUGCUGGCCAUGUCCAGCUCUCCCGAGAGCUGCGUGGCCAUGCGCCGCUCAGGCUGCCUGCCGCUGCUCCUGCAGAUCCUCCAUGGCGCCGAGGCAGGGUCCGGGAGUCGCACAGGGACCCCUGGUGCGCCGGGCGCCAAGGACGCGCGCAUGCGAGCCAAUGCGGCGCUGCACAACAUCGUCUUCUCACAGCCGGACCAGGGCCUGGCGCGCAAGGAGAUGCGCGUGCUGCACGUGCUGGAGCAGAUCCGGGCCUACUGCGAGACCUGCUGGGACUGGCUGCAGGCGCGGGAGGCGGCGCCUGAGGGAAGCGGCCCUGGCAGCGCCCCUGUCCCCAUCGAGCCUCAGAUCUGCCAGGCCACCUGUGCCGUGAUGAAGCUCUCCUUCGAUGAGGAAUACCGCCGAGCCAUGAACGAGCUAGGCGGGCUGCAGGCGGUGGCCGAACUCCUGCAGGUGGACUAUGAGAUGCACAAAAGGACCCAGGACCCGCUCAACCUGGCCCUGCGCCGCUACGCUGGCAUGACGCUCACCAACCUCACCUUCGGGGAUGUCGCCAACAAGGCCACCCUGUGUGCCCGCCGGGGCUGCAUGGAGGCCAUCGUGGCCCAGCUGGACUCCGACAGUGAGGAGCUGCACCAGGUGGUGUCCAGCAUCCUGCGCAACCUGUCCUGGAGGGCGGACAUCAACAGCAAGAAGGUGCUGCGGGAGGUCGGCAGCAUGACCGCCUUGAUGCAGUGUGUCCUGCGGGCCUCUAAGGAGUCCACCCUGAAGAGCGUGCUCAGCGCCCUGUGGAACCUGUCCGCCCACAGCACGGAGAACAAGGCAGCCAUCUGCCAGGUGGAUGGCGCCCUAGGCUUCCUGGUGAGCACGCUCACCUACCGGUGCCAGGGCAACUCCCUGGCGGUCAUUGAGAGUGGCGGCGGCAUCCUGCGCAACGUGUCCAGCCUCAUCGCCACCCGGGAGGACUACAGGCAGGUGCUGCGUGACCACAACUGCCUGCAGACGCUGCUGCAGCACCUCACCUCGCACAGCCUGACCAUCGUGAGCAACGCCUGCGGCACGCUGUGGAACCUCUCGGCGCGCAGCCCGCGUGACCAGGAGCUGCUGUGGGACCUGGGCGCCGUGGGCAUGCUGCGGAACCUGGUGCACUCCAAGCACAAGAUGAUUGCCAUGGGCAGUGCGGCCGCCCUGCGCAACCUGCUGGCCCACAGGCCUGCCAAGUACCAGGCAGCAGCCACGGCCAUCUCCCCAGGCACCUGCGUGCCCAGCCUCUACGUGCGGAAGCAGCGGGCUCUGGAGGCUGAGCUGGACACCAGGCACCUGGCGCAGGCGCUGGGUCACCUGGAGAAGCAGGGCCUGCCCGAGCCGGAGCCCGAGCCCGCCCCCACGAAGCCGCUGCCAUCCCUGCGGCACCUGGACGGGCUGGCCCAGGACUAUGCCUCCGACUCGGGUUGCUUCGAUGACGACGACCCGCCCUCCCUGGCGGCCACUGCGGCGGCCGCAGAGCCUGCCAGCCCAGCUGUGCUGUCCUUGUUCCUGGGCAGCCCCCUUCUUCAAGGACAGGCCCUGGCCCGCACCCCGCCCCUGCGCCACAGCAGCCGGGAGCCUGAGAAGGAAGCUGGUGGGGAGGCGGCCGUGGCGGCCAAAGCGAAAGCCAAGCUGGCGCUGGCAGUGGCGCGGAUCGACCGGCUGGUGGAGGACAUCUCUGCCUUGCACACCUCUUCCGAUGACAGCUUCAGCCUCAGCUCUGGGGACCCCGGGCAGGAGGCGCCAAGGGAGGGCCGGGCCCCAUCCGGCUCGCCGUGCAGGGUCCCUGAGGGUGGGAGGAGGGAGGCGGGCAGCCGGGCCCACCCGCUGCUGCGGCUCAAGGCAGCCCACGCCAGCCUCUCCAACGACAGCCUCAACAGCGGCAGCACCAGCGACGGGUACUGCCCUCGGGAGCAUCUGCAGCCCUGCCCGCUGGCUGCACUGGCCGAGCACCAAGAGGACCCACUGAAAGGGCAGGCCCGGCCCAGCCGGCUGGACCUCAACCUGCCGGGGAGCCAGGCCGAGCUGCCCGCCAGGGAUCUUGCAGCGGCCGACGUGCGCAUCAGAACCAUCAAGCUGUCGCCCACCUAUCAGCAUGUGCCACUGCUCGAAGGGGCAGCCGGGGUGGGCCCACGGCCCCUGGCCCAGCCAGGGGCCUCCCCAGGGGCUCGAAAGCAGGCCUGGAUGCCAGCAGACAGCCUGAGCACGGUGCCCGAGAAGCUGGUGGCCCCAACGCCCAUGGCCAGCAAGGUGCUGCAGAAGCUGGUGGCACAGGAGGGGCCACUGUCCCUCUCGCGCUGCAGCUCACUGUCCUCACUGUCCUCGGCAGGCCACCCUGGCCCCAGUGAGGGCGGCAACCUGGAUGAUAGUGACUCUUCCCUGGAGGGGCUGGAGGAAGCUGGCCCUGGGGAGGCGGAGCUGGACGGGCCAUGGGGGGCGCCUGGGUCCACCUCCCUGCCAGUGGCCAUCCCAGCACCCCACCGCAGCCGGGCACGGGGCCUAGGGGUGGAAGAUGCCACGCCGUCCAGCUCCUCAGAGAACUGUGUGCAAGAGACGCCCUUGGUGCUGAGUCGCUGCAGCUCCGUGAGCUCUCUGGGCAGCUUCGAGAGCCCCUCCAUUGCCAGCUCCAUCCCUAGUGACCCAUGCAGUGGGCUGGGCAGCGGCACCGUCAGCCCCAGCGAGCUGCCCGACAGCCCCGGGCAGACCAUGCCACCCAGCCGUAGCAAGACGCCCCCAGUGCCGUCGGGCCAGCCCGAGGCCAGCCAGUUCAGCCUGCAGUGGGAGAGCUACGUCAAGCGCUUCCUGGACAUUGCGGACUGCCGCGAGCGCUGCUGGCCGCCCUCUGAGUUGGACGCGGGCAGUGUCCGCUUCACAGUGGAGAAGCCGGACGAGAACUUCUCCUGCGCCUCCAGCCUCAGCGCGCUGGCCCUGCAUGAGCUCUACGUCCAGCAGGACGUGGAGCUGAGGCUGCGACCGCCUGCCUGCCCUGACCGAGGCGGAGCCGGGGGCCACCGCCGCCGGGAUGAGGCCAGCAGUCGCCUGGAAGGGCCAGCACCAGGGGGCUCUCGAGCCCGCGCGGCCGCUAGCCAGGAGCUGGAGCUGCUGCGGGAGUGCCUGGGGGCAGCCGUGCCAGCCCGGCUCCGCAAGGUGGCCUCGGCUCUGGUGCCCGGCCGCCGCGCACUGCCAGUGCCAGUCUACAUGCUGGUGCCCGCCCCCGCCCGCGAUGACGACUCUGGCACCGACUCCGCUGAGGGCACCCCCGUCAACUUCUCCAGUGCCGCCUCCCUCAGCGAUGAGACCCUGCAGGGUCCCCCCAGGGCCCAGCCUAGGGGGCCAGCGGACAGGCAGAAACCCGCAGGUCGUGCUGCCCCGACCAGGCAGGCAGCAGGCCGCCAGACCAAAGCAGGGAGCACUGGCAAGAGCACAGAGCAGUCCCGCGGUACCGGCAGGAAUCGGGGAGGGCUGGAGCUGCCCCUCGGCAGGCCCCGGAGUGCGCGCUCCAACAGAGAGGGCUCACGCCAGGGCGGGUCCAGCGGGGAUGGGGGCCUGCAGUCGCUGUGCCUCACCACGCCCACCCAGGAGGCUGUGUAUUGCUUCUACGACUCUGAAGAGGACCCGCAGCCGGCUGCCACAGCCCCACCCCCCCAGAGGGCGUCGGCCAUACCCCGGGCUCUGAAGCGGGAGGGCCUGGCCCUGGCCAAGCUCCCCUCAACUGUCCCACCACCUGCAAGGACCCAGCCCAGGCUGAUCGCCGACGAGACGCCCCCCUGCUACUCCUUGAGCUCUUCUGCCAGCUCCCUCAGUGAGCCCGAGCCCUGUGAGCGAGCAGCCAGUGGUCCACCCGGCCCGGAGCCUGCCAGCCCCAAGGACCCAGGCCGGAGCCGCGGACAAGACAGCUCCCCAAGCCCGCGGGCUGAGGAGGAGCUGCCACCGCGGUGCCUUGGCUCAGCCAUGCCUCGGCGCCGGCCCCAGGUCCCAGGCCCUCGGCGUCGCAAGCCCCGAGCUACCCGGUUGGACGUGCGGCCAGCAGAGGUCCCGCGGGAGUGCACUGAGGAGGUGGCCGGCUCAGACCCAGCCUCCGACCUGGACAGUGUGGAGUGGCAAGCCAUCCAGGAUGGGGCCAACUCCAUCGUCACAUGGCUGCACCAGGCGGCGGCAGCAGCCACUGUAGAGGCCUCCUCAGAGUCCGACUCCCUCCUGUCCCUGGUGUCUGGGCUGUCAGGGGGCCCCACCCUACCGCCCUCCAAGCACAGGAAGGGGAGACAGCCUGGAGCAGGGGCCAAGGUAGGCAGUGCCCAGCGGCCAGAGAAACGGGGCUUGGCCACAAGCAAAAGCAGUGGGCAUCCCCGCUCACCUGGAGACCCUGCGAAGACCAACCAUGCUCAGAAGACUCUGCCUGCAGAGCCCGCGGUGCUGCGGGGGCGCACAGUGAUUUAUGUGCCCAGUCCCGCAAACCGAGCCCAGCCCAAAGGUGUCCCUGGACCCCGUGCCACACCAAGGAAGAUGGGGAACCCUGGCCCCACAGAGCCAGAAGCCAAGGCCAAAGCCCCGAGCCCUGGUCAGCAGCGGUCUCGGAGCCUCCACCGACCUGGUAAGAUCUCAGAGCCGGCAGAACUAAGCCAACCCCCAAGGAGUGCCACACCACCUGCCCGCCUUGCCAAGACCCCAUCCUCCAGCUCCUCCCAGACCUCUCCGGCCUCCCAGCCCCUGCCCAGGAAGUCCCCUCUGGCCACCUCCGCCGCAGGUCCCCUGCCCGGCCCCGGGGCUACCCCGCUACCCAAGACGCCAGCUCGGGCCCUUCUGGCCAAGCAACACAAGACGCAGAAGUCGCCCGUGCGGAUUCCGUUCAUGCAGAGGCCGGCUAGACGGGGGCCGCUGCCGCCAGCUAGGGCAACCCCAGAGCCAGGCCCCAGGAGCCGGGCAGCAGCCGAGGGAGGCCCCGGGGCACGCGGGGGCCGCCUGGGCCUCGUGCGCGUGGCCUCCGCCCGCUCCAGCGGCAGUGAGUCCUCCGACCGCUCGGGAUUCCGGCGGCAGCUGACCUUCAUCAAGGAGUCGCCAGGCUUGCUGCGUCGACGCCGCUCAGAGUUGUCCUCGGCGGAGUCCGCAGCCUCCGUCCCCCAAGGCGCCUCACCCCGCCGCGGCCGGCCCGCACUCCCCGCAGUGUUCCUCUGCUCCUCGCGCUGCGACGAGCUGCGGGCGGCCCCGCGGCAGCCCCCCGCCCCACCGCGCGCCCCCGCCGCGCGCCCCGGCCCCGGCCCCGGCCCCGGCCCCGGCCCUGGCCCGCGCGCGCCCCGGCGCACCAGCUCCGAGAGCCCAUCGCGCCUGCCCGUGCGCACGCCUGCCGCACGGCCCGAGGCGGUCAAGCGCUACGCCUCCCUGCCGCACAUCAGUGUGGCCCGCAGGCCCGACGGCGGCGGCGCCCGGAGUCCCGCCCCCGCCGACGCCACUCGCCGCAGCAGUGACGGGGAGGCCAGGCCGCUGCCCAGGGUGGCGGCGCCAGGCACCACGUGGCGGCGCAUCCGGGACGAGGACGUCCCGCACAUCCUGCGUAGCACCCUGCCGGCCACCGCCUUGCCACUCAGGGGUGCCUCGCCCGAGGAAGGCCCGGUUGGCACCCCGCAGCGCAAGACUAGCGACGCGGUGGUGCAGACGGAAGAGGUGGCCGCCCCCAAGACCAACUCCAGCACCUCCCCAAGCCUGGAGAGCAGGGAGCCGCCGCAGGUUCCCGGCGGCGGCGCCGCUGCCCAGGGUGGUGAGGUGGACGUGCCCGGCCCCGCUAAGGCAUCUGCCACGGCACCCUUCGUCCACGAGGGCCCAGGGGUUACCGUCGGGGGCUUCCCUGCCAGCCGGCACGGCUCCCCCAGCCGCGCCGCCCGGGUCCCACCCUUCAACUACGUGCCCAGCCCCAUGGCCACGGCAGCUACCAAUGACUCGGCUGUAGAGAAAGCGGCGAUCACCGCCCCUACCAACCUCCUGGAAUAAUGGCCUGGGCGGGCGUCCAGAAGUCUCUCCGGCCCUGCGGCCCAGUCGGGCUGCCCCGUGGUCCGCCCUGUAGGUGCGCUGAGCAGGCUGUGCAGGACCGCCGCCUCGCCCUCAGAGCCUCCGUCCGAGUUCACUUCAGCCUCUUAGGGCAGGACCUUGCUUGUGCACCGCGGGGUUCCCUGGGGAAGGCUGGCCCGACCACUGAGCACAUGCUGGGCUCCUCCGCCCAAGUCGGGCGGACCGAAACGGCUCCGCGGAUCACCACCACAACCCUCAAGCACCGCCUCCCCGAGCCACCGCCCUGGGGCUCCCAGGGGGCUUCUUCGGCACCUGGGCAGUCCUCAGGAGGUAGACAGUGUCUCCCAAGGUGUGGGGACCGACCGGGGGCGGGUGGCUUGACUGCCUGCCGGAUGGGGCCAAGACAUCUGCUGUGCAGGAUGAAGCCAGCAAUUACCCCUUCUGGUAAUUUGUUAAUGACGGCUUUGCUGGGUUUGUUUGCACUGAGCCCCAGCUGCGGGGGAGCCCCACAGAAAGACUGCAGUUCCGGAAGCCCGGAGCAGCCGCUCUGGGCUGCCACGAGAGCAAGACAGCCAGAUCACCCUGACCCUUGCACCUUUGGGGGACGACAACGCAGGCCAGGCAGGCCUACUAUGGACAGGAAAGGCUCUGGUGCAGGUGCCGGGGCAGGGCUGACCCGUCUCCACCACUGCCAAGCCUCGGGCCCUUUCCACUUCUCUAGGAGCUGGGCUGCCAACUGGGUGGGCCUGGGGGUCGGUGGAGUCAGGACUAGCUCUAGUGGAUGAGACAGAGGGACCGGGGCUGGGGAAAGCCCCUGAAGGAAGGUGGGGCCUUACAAACCUGUGCUUUGAAGAGGCGGUCACUGGGAACCCAUCCUUAAGGACUCCUGCCCCUGCUGCUCUGCCUUCCAUUUCCUCCUCCAUUAUGCAUGCAGUGUGUGGCCCUAGGAUGAGCCCAGUGUCAAGGCUGGCUUUGGGCUGCAGUAUGAGGCCUGGACACCAAGGUGCCAGAUGGGGUAAAGGGAGAUAAGACAGGGAGUCUGGGGGUCCAAAGCUGCUCCAUCCAGCCUCAGCUGCCUGGUGUUCAGAGAGAAGCUAACAGUCCCCCAGGAGACCAGUCUCAGGAGACGUGGGCAGUCUCUCCUGGGUCAGUUUGUGCAGAGGCACCAAGGGGGCCUGCAUUCCAUCAGCUUGGGGCAUCUUCCUGCAAAGAGAGCCAGCAACCUCUUUCCUGCAGGACCUUGACUCUAAGAAGCUGCUCUUUGCCAAAGGCUCUGCUGCUGCAGCACCUGUGGCGGGGGCUUCCAGGGGUAGGUGCUGUCCCACAGGCUGACUCUAAGUCCCUUCUGCAGGGAGGGCUUGGAGAGUUGGGUGGAAAGCACUCUGAAGGGCACCAGCAUCCCUUCUCGUCCAGUCCCCAGCUCAGGGGGGGAGACAUGGAGCUGGCAGACACCGCCCCAACCCCCGCAUGGGCUUUCCGGCAGGAUGGCCACACCCCUGAACCCUAGAGGUGGAGCGCCAGCCCCAGGAGCUGGAGGCACUGCCGGCCAGGCCAGGCCAGGCCAGGCUGAGGCAAGUCUCAAGAGUGUGCUGGCCUGGAGAGGGAGGGGACUUCCCCCUGCCAUUUCAGAGCCCUAGUUCUGCCUGUCCUGCUUGCUCACUCACACCUGCCACAGGCCAGCUGUGCCCCAACACGGCCUAGUGGUGAGCAGACAGCGAUGGACAGACCUCAGCCUGCCCAGCUGAAAGGCCAGGGUCCCUGGAGACCUGAGGUGAAGCCCCGGGGCUGCCAUGCACUGUGAGACCCCGGGCACCACCCGUGCCACGUGUGCCUCAGUCUCUCCACAUGGGCCCUGGGGAGACUCCAGAGCUACCUCUCAGGGGCGCAGAGUGGCCACUGUGAUGGGGGCACCUAGUGCUGCUCCCAGCCCGGACAGAGCUCUCAUGGCGGCUGGCUCACAAGGGGCCAUGUGCUCUUGCCAGCCACUACUUCCUGCUGGGUCCCCUACCAAGAGGCCACCUUUGCCUUCUUUGUCCCCUUCAGAGGGGGGAACAGCCCCAGGGCAACCUUCUGUCCAGGCAGGAGGUGGGAGCAAGAGCCAGCACACAGCACGGCUUCCAGGAGGGCAGCUGAUGGCAUGGACAAUCACCCGGGCCAGCCCCAGGGAACUGAAGACAGGGGCCCGCAGCUGAAGGGUGAUGACCACCACUGGGUGCUGAACCAGAUGUCACCGUUACCUCAUCUCCACCUCGCUCCCGCAACCCGCAGCUGGCCAGCCCUGAUCCUAGCGGCAGGCUGGCACAGCAUUCCGCACGUGUAAAUAGCUCAGCCUGACCCUGCCCACCCACAGGUGAAGCCAUUUGUCUGACGGAAAGACAGUGCCCCACCUGGCGUCUGCUUCUCUGCACCUUUAAUAAACUGUGCUGUUGAG